AUGAACCCAGCACCUGUCGCCAUCAGCCCCGCCGAGGCCCUCCCCAACCUCAAGAUGUACAAGAGCCCAGUCAAGGGCAAGCUGACCGAGUGGGCGGUGGCCAAAGGCCAAGUCCUACACAAACGCGACGGCUGGCGCACGCGGCCAAUUGUCAAAAUCAAGGAACCCUGCACCCAUGCCGUCCAGUAG